AUGUCAGAAACAUCUGGAACUCAGAAUGAACUAUUCUUUCGAUCGUACAAUGAACCAUCCACCACAACAAUUGUGCUAAUCCACGGCCUCUUCUCCUGCAACCUCGAAUGGGAGCACGUCGUACCAUUCCUUGGCGAUUAUCAUCUUAUAAUUCCAGAUCUUCCUCAGCACUCUAAAUCGAAAGAAUUUGGUCCAUGGUCUCUGGAACUUGGCUCGGACUCUGUCGCACAUCUUAUCCGAAACUACGCCCACAAUGGCCAAGCGCAUGUCGUCGGCCUCUCGCUGGGAGGCUUUACAACCAUGGAGAUAGUCCGUCGACAUCCAGACCUCGUCAUGUCAGCAUUUGUCACCGGGUCUGCGCCAUUCAUGCCCUGGCAGACUUGGAUUGCUGAGCGACCCAGCCUUCUUCACUAUGGAUUGAAGCUGGUCCUGAACUCUGGCUUUUACUCGUUCAGCGUCUGGAAGGCGGGCCUGAAAAAUCACGAUCAGUUGAAGAAUGAGAUUGCUUGCAAUAACGAUUGGAACUUGGUCAACGACGCUUACGGUGGUCUUGCGAAGUGGGGAAAGGAGGCUGUGAAUGAUGUCGCUGCAAAGGAUAAGCGGAUAUUGGUCAUUGCAGGAGACCAGGGCGACAAUAUUGAGGGAACGAAAGAGAUGGCUCAAGUACUACGUUCACAAGGGCUUGGUGACGGAAAGAGAAGCGCAGCUUGUGUUAUUAAGGGCGCUAUCCAUGGUUGGAAUCUUCAAUUUCCUGAAUUAUUUGCGGAUGGAAUCAAGGCUUGGGUCAAAGACAGGCCUCUACCUGAAGAGUUCGUUGAUCUGCUAUGA